AUGACUGCUUCCGAUACAUCGUCUUGUCCGGACUGCCAUUCACGUACUGUACGUUGGCGGAACACUUUGUCCGGCUUGCUUUAUGCGAUAUUCUGUUUUCCAUGUGGGAUCUAUUGCUGUCUUAAACGACGACAACAGCACUGCUCACAGUGCGAUUGUGAUGUAAUCAAGUGCUCUCGUGGGGCGGCAGUGACCUCCCUCGGCUACUCUUACCGUGGAUACGACACGAUGGAGAAAAGGAAUACCGGCAUCAUUGGCCGUCGCCUACAGAAAUACCGCCUAUACGGGCAGUUCCCAUUCUUCGACCGGAAUUCCUGA